AGAGGGGGGGAAGGAUUUUCCUCGAGGGACCAAGAUGGCGGCGCCCAGCCUGGCGGCCGUUGCUCCUGCCUCCGAAACCGAGGAGGGCGAUUUCGGGGCCAAGCCCAGGUCCCCCGCGACCACCCCGCAGAAGAUCCGGGAGCUGAUCGACGGGGGGAUCGCCCCGGAGGAAAGCAGCCUCGAAGGGAAGGAUUCGUCUGCCUUUCAUGAAGUAGCAAAUGGAUCUCCCCAGACCGAUAACCUGCCUUUUGAAGCCACCAGCAAAGAAGCCUACUUCAAUCGAGUGGAAACAUUUACCUCCCUCAAGUGGGCAGGGAAACCCCACGAAUUGUCCCCCUUGAUCUGUGCCAAGUACGGGUGGACCAACGUCGAGUGUGACAUGUUGAAGUGCGCCAGCUGCCAGGCCUACCUCUGUGCCAGUCUCCAGCUCACCUUCGAUUUCGACAAAUAUAAAGAGAGGUGUUUGGAGCUGACGAAAGCGUUGUCAGCAGCUCAUGAGAAGUUUUGCUUCUGGCCGGACAGUCCCUGCCCAGAUCGCUUUUCCGUCUUGCUGGUCGAUGAACCUCUGGCUCUUCUUGGCGAUUUCCUAGAGCGUUUUCAGAGCCUAUGCCACCUCGAGCAUCAGCUGCCCUCUUUGAAACCCGAAGAUCUUAAAAAUAUGUCCCUGACGGAAGAGAAGAUCGGCCUUCUCCUGCAACUGAUUGAGGAGGAAGUGGGCUGCAAAACGGAGGGUGAGAAAAACACCAGCAAGCGUGCUUCAGACCUCCUCCACGUCCACAUCGCCGCUGCUGUCUUGUCCCUUUGCGGGUGGACAAGUAGUCCUUCUUCUGGAUCCGUCCAUCUCCCCUUAAUCGCAUGUUCCCGGUGCAUGAGGAAAGUGGGCCUGUGGGGUUUCCUCCAAAUUGAAUCUGCCAUGCCUGAGACGGAGCCGUCCCACACCCAAACCAGCACUCCCGUCUCUCCUCUGGACGGGCGCCCUGACAGAGGUCCCGUGGUGCCCACGUCUCCACGCCGGAUGAUUACCCGAAGCCAGGACACGACCUUUCCGCCAGGAUCUGACCAGCCCGAGAAAAUCCCGUCCCCUGGACUCAGCCGCAUGCGGAGCUGGGACAACUCCGGCGAUCGCACCGAGGCGGAAGCCGCCAGCCCCACCACCCGGAGCCGCCCCGUCACCCGCAGCAUGGGGCAAGGCGACACCAGCGGCCUGGGGGCAGAGGUGCCUUCCAGCCCCCACCGGAGGGCCAAGCGAGCCCGCUUGUGCUCCACCAGCAGUUCAGAUUCCUGUUCCCGGACCUUUUUCGACCCGGUCGCCCAGCAUCGUGACUGGUGCCCGUGGGUCAAUGUGGUCAAAGACCUGGCGCCUUUUGUGGCUGGAGGAGAGCAGGCCGAGGGCAAGGCGGAUCUCGGCUGGCAGGUGGUCUUGAGGGUCCUCCAGGCAUCCCGGCAGUCGGAAGGGCCAGAAGAGAAGGAGUCUGCUAGCCUCUCAGAGAAAUCUCGCAAGGUCUUCCGGAUUUUCCGGCAGUGGGAAGCCACUUCUUCCUCCUGAGGACUUGGGAACCGGAGGGCAUCGGGAAACGCAAAGUGCGGCCAACCGGAUGCAUCUCUUUCUGUCAAUACAAGGGAAACAGACACCGUUAUUGGGGUCGGAGGCCAGGACAUCCUUGAAAAAACCUUCCUGCCUGCCAAACUUGUGGAUCUGAGCAGCUCUUGAAGAGAGCGCCAGUCAAACCAAGGAGGAGACCCGAGAACUGCCGCCACCGAUGGCCCUUUCAGCCCCACCCUGGCGCAAUCUGAGCAUUCCUGUGAGCCUUGGAAACGGCUCUGCUGACUCUCCGUUUCAGAGGGGUGUGAGUUCCCCUGGCACGCCCUCGCUUUUAACCGAGCUGGCUCCGUCUGUGAACAAAAUUCUUGUGUUGCGUCUGCGGCCGCCUCUUUGCUGCAGAAUUAAAAUGGCUUUUUUUUGGUUCCUGCCCAGCGGUGGGGAAUCUCGGGGAGCUGACAGCGGUCUGAAACAUCGGCUCACCCAACAGUUCCCAGCAUGUCUUGGGCCAAGGGCCCAGGGCAUGUCCCCAGAUGAAACCUUUCAUCCAUUUGGACCUGGAAGGGGCGCUUGGGUUGAGUGGUGCCGCCAGGCUGAGACGCUGUCCUUUCAAACUGCCCUUUGGGGAACUUUGUGAUUCGCCUUUAAUAAAACAUUUGUUGCCAUUGUUUCA